CCGCGGUGGAUGCUGGGUCAUGUAGUCCACUUAGGGAGAUAAGCAUAAGAUUCGUGGAAGAGGAAAUGUGAACUGAGCCAGAAUGGAGAGGCGGGGUCAAGGCCUUAAACGGAAAUGACGCUACUUUGUCCGGGGCGGAAGUUUUCCGCCCCACCCGUAAGAGUUCAGGUUUGACCGGAGCAAGAGGAUCCUAUCCCGGGUUCCAGUUUUCCGUGGCUCCUCCUCCUGUUGCUGCAGGUGUUAUUCCUGGGACUCAGAUGGACCACACAGCCCCGACCUACAUGCUUGCUAACUUAACACACUUACAUUCUGAACAACUUCUGCAGGGACUGAAUCUUCUUCGCCAGCAUCACGAACUCUGUGACAUCAUUCUUCGAGUAGGUGAUGUUAAAAUUCAUGCUCAUAAAGUAGUACUUGCCAGCAUCAGCCCAUACUUCAAAGCUAUGUUCACUGGGAACCUUUCUGAGAAGGAGAACAGUGAGGUUGAGUUUCAGUGCAUUGACGAGGCAGCGCUGCAGGCCAUUGUGGAGUACGCCUACACAGGGACGGUUUUCAUCUCCCAGGACACAGUCGAGUCUCUCCUGCCAGCAGCAAACCUCCUCCAGAUAAAACUUGUCCUUAAAGAAUGUUGUACGUUUCUUGAGAGCCAACUUGACCCUGGUAAUUGUAUUGGAAUUUCCCGUUUUGCAGAGACUUAUGGUUGUCAUGACCUUUAUUUGGCAGCUACUAAAUUCAUAUGCCAGAAUUUUGAAUCUGUUUGCCAGACGGAAGAGUUUUUUGAGCUUACACAUGGUGAUUUGGACGAAAUUGUCUCCAAUGACUGCUUGAAUGUAGCUACUGAAGAGACAGUUUUUUAUGCAUUAGAAUCUUGGAUCAAGUAUGAUGUACAAGAACGCCAGAAAUACUUAGCACAACUGCUGAACAGUGUACGAUUGCCACUGCUGAGCGUUAAGUUCCUCACCAGGCUCUAUGAAGCAAAUCAUCUUAUCCGUGAUGACCGUACUUGUAAACAUCUCUUGAACGAAGCUCUAAAGUACCACUUCAUGCCUGAACAUAGACUCUCUCAUCAGACAGUCUUGAUGACACGACCUCGCUGUGCUCCGAAAGUAUUGUGUGCAGUAGGAGGAAAAUCUGGACUCUUUGCCUGUUUGGAUAGUGUGGAGAUGUACUUUCCCCAGAAUGACUCUUGGAUUGGCCUGGCGCCCUUAAAUAUUCCUCGCUAUGAAUUCGGAAUAUGUGUUUUAGACCAAAAAGUCUAUGUUAUAGGUGGUAUUGAAACUAGCGUGCGUCCCGGUGUCACUGUCAGAAAACAUGAAAAUUCAGUGGAAUGUUGGAAUCCUGAUACAAACACCUGGACUUCUCUAGAAAGAAUGAAUGAGAGCCGAAGUACUCUUGGAGUGGUGGUACUUGCGGGAGAAGUUUAUGCUUUAGGUGGAUAUGAUGGACAGUCUUACUUGCAAUCUGUAGAAAAAUACAUCCCCAAGAUAAGGCAGUGGCAACCUGUGGCCCCAAUGACAACCACAAGAAGUUGUUUUGCUGCGGCUGUCCUGGAUGGAAUGAUAUAUGCCAUUGGAGGGUAUGGUCCUGCUCACAUGAACAGUGUGGAGCGUUAUGAUCCAAGUAAGGAUUCCUGGGAGACGGUUGCCUCCAUGGCUGAUAAGAGGAUUCACUUUGGCGUUGGAGUUAUGCUAGGUUUUAUUUUCGUGGUAGGUGGGCAUAACGGUGUCUCACAUUUGUCAAGCAUUGAAAGAUAUGACCCUCAUCAAAAUCAGUGGACAGUGUGUAGACCAAUGAAAGAGCCCAGGACAGGAGUUGGUGCUGCAGUAAUCGAUAACUACCUUUACGUAGUUGGUGGUCACUCAGGGUCUUCCUAUCUGAACACAGUACAGAAAUACGACCCUAUCUCAGAUACAUGGCUGGAUUCAGCUGGCAUGAUAUACUGUCGCUGCAAUUUUGGAUUAACUGCACUUUGACAAGUGUGAAUUUGUGGAAAUCGCACGAGGUGGUACCACAGAGAAGAAUGCCCAGUGUCCUGAACCUGAAAGCUAGCUGUACUGCUUUCUUUGUAACCUGAAGUGGCAUGAAGACUCCGUUUUGUUGGAUACUUUGAACUGACUAAUAGUUUGCUCUUGAUUUUGCAGUGAGUCAAUAAUUAAACAAGGAAAAAAGACAGACAGACCUAAGCAAUGGAAUUGUGCACUUUUCUCCACUGAGACUGGGAAAGCUUUUAUGUUCCUACAUGUAGAAAAACCCUUGCUGCUUUUUAGUUUUGUUUUAAAUAAUUUAAGCUCUUCUUUCUUGGUCUGUAUUUGAUUUACUAGAAUGAGAGAAGUUUGGACUCCAGAGUGUAUCGAAUGACUGGACAGAAUGUGGGUAGUGAUUGUUGGAUGUAAAUUCAGAUGCUCCACGUGGUUGCUUUGUUUGUUUGUUUGUUUUUUUAAAGGGCUGCUUUUACUUCGGGUACUUUUAAGGAUUAUAAAUAACAUGUCAAUCAUCUGAGUGCUCUUUCUGCUAAAUGAUUUUAGGGCUAAUAGUAUGUAAGGUUAUGAAACAAUG